AUGGAUCUAUUCCUGAAAGAGAAAGAUUUCAAUUUCGAAAGAACAGACGCUGAGGGGCGAACGGUGCUCUGCUGGGCGGCCCUGAGCGGACAUGAAGGAAUAGUGAAGUUGCUUCUGGAUCAAGACCAGGUUGAUGCCGAAUCCCGGGGUAAUGAUGGUAGGACACCGCUCUCCUACGCUGCAGAGUGGGGACGUGUGGAAGCUAUGAAGCUGUUUCUGGAACGGGAAGAGGUCAACGUGGAAUCGCGGGACAAGGAUGGCAGAACACCACUUUCAUACGCUGCCAGAAGCUGGAGUAAGGGUGCCGUGAGUCUGCUCCUGGAGCGGGAAGAGGUCAACGCUGAAUCGAAGGACAACAAUGGCAGAACACCACUCUCCUACGCUGCCAGGUCGGGA